AAUUUUGGAACGUUUUGGGUACCCAAGUUGUUUUUUAAUUUAAAUUUGUCUUGGGUAUCAUUUUAUUUUAACCGUCUAGUUUACAUUCAUCGACUAAUCUCCUCUAUGAUUUGGUCCUUCGUCUCGAGACUAAGACAUUCAUAAGCGAUAUCUUAUGGCGUGACCCCAAUCGCUCGUCACUUAACUAGAAAGGAUUGUUGAGAUUCUAUUUUGGGCACCUUUGUCUCCCUAUAAAAACCCUAUCCCCAUUCCUACAGCAUUCCAUAACCAGGCAACAAUGGAGUUCCUGUCCAGCCAUGAAGAGCUGUUUUCUGACUUCAAACUCCCAUUACUAACCCUAAUUCUAGCCACCAUAGUAGGCCUUCUUGUUAAGUACUGUAAAUCCAUGGCGUCUUCUUUUCGAAGCAAGAAACUUCCACCUGGGUCAUUAGGGUAUCCAUUUAUCGGAGAAACUUUAAGCUUUCUCAGGUCACAGAAAGAAGACAAGAUCAUCGAAUGGAUGGCAAAUCGGAUCACCAUGUAUGGACCAGUGUUUAAGACCUCACUCAUGGGCUCCAAGACGGUCGUUAUAACCGGCCAAGCCGGUAAUCGUUUUAUGUUCAGUGGAGCCGACAAUGGCAUUGCAAGCAAUCAACCAGUUCCUGUAGCAAAAAUAAUAGGGAAACACAGCAUCUUUGAGGUCUCAGGGUCCAGACACAAGCUUGUUAGGGGUGCCAUGAUGAACUUUUUGAAAGCUGAAAGCCUUCAAAGACAUGUUGGUCAGAUGAAUUCACUAGUUGAACAGCAACUAUUCCAAGAACUCAAUGGUAAGGAUUCGAUACAAGUCGUAGAAUUAAUGCAGAGGAUGACUUUUAAGGUAACUUGUAGUCUACUUUUCAAAUUAGCAGAAGGAAAAGAAAAAGAUUCAUUAUUCAAGGAUUUUACCUUAGCCCUGAGAGGGGCAUGGGCAAUUCCCUUGGAUUUCCCUGGCACCAUCUUUCGAAAAGCAGUGCUGGCUCGCGGUAGAAUAACCAAGGUGCUUUCUGAUCUGAUUAGAAUGAGGAAGAAGGAUCUGGAAAAUGGGAAAAAAGGGUCUCAAGAAGAUGUUAUUUCUACUUUUCUGGUUUUGAGGGAUGAAAAUGGGAAACCUCUACCAGAAGAAGAAAUUAUUGACAAUCUUGUUACUCUCAUUAUUGCAAGCCAUGACACAAAUUCGAUUCUUCUAACCUUGCUUGUAAGACACCUUGCUAGGGAUGUUGAUGUCUGCAAUAAGGUGCUUGAAGAGCAAAUGCAAGUUCUGAAAGCAAGAGAAGGAAGUGCUGGAGCGCUUGGAUGGAGUGAUGUACAGAUGAUGAAGUAUACAUGGAGAGUGGCCCAAGAGCUUAUGAGGUUGAUAUCUCCAGCUUUUGGCAACUUCAGGCAAACUUCCAGAGACACCUUCUUUGGUGGCUUUGAUAUCCCCAAAGGCUGGCAGGUAUUUUGGGCGACUUCUCCAACACACAUGGACAACAACAUUUUUGAACAGCCAGAAAAGUUUGAUCCAUCAAGAUUUGAGAACCCUACAAAAACUAUCCCUCCAUAUACCUACAUUCCUUUUGGAGCCGGUCCACGUAUCUGCCCUGGGGCAGAAUUUGCCAGGAUUGAAGUGCUGCUGAUAAUCCAUCAUUUGAUAGCAAAUUAUAGUUGGACAGAAGCAAUUCCGAAUGAGCCGCUGACCCGGGAACCCUUUCCCUACCCGGCCAUGGGACUUCCCAUCAAGCUUCAUCCUAGGAAAGAUGUGUAGAAACCCAUUUCUGCGGCUUUGUCCCUAUGUUUUUCACUGUAGGAUGUAUUAAUAAAGUCUAUCUUCUUGGCAAUUUGGCAUUAUGUGAGAGUACAAUGACAGCUUAAUUUAGUAACACUAAUCUUGCUCAUUUGUUUAAGAUUAAUUUA